AUGGCAGCUCCUCCUCCUCCGCCGCCUCCCCAUGGAGGGCUCUCGCUCUACGAAAACCUCCUCGAUCCCAACGAUAAAUCUUCAACUUCGGCCACAAUCUCUUCAGCCCCUGUUCUUUAUAAUCAGACAGAAAAUACCCCAGCAGAGACCGCCGUUAAGAAAGCCAUUGAUCCCGCCCUUCGCUUUCAACCUAUACGCCGUCCACAAGUGAAACAGACAAAACCGAAGCCGACAUUUCCCAAAGCCGCAGCCCCCAAGCAGGCCAUUACUGCCGCAGCCCCAGCUCCUGCACAAGCAAAGACCACUCUUGCCGACUGGGCUGCUACUGAGGAUGAUGAGUGGAUGUACGGAAUGGGCGAAAAACGCCAGCGAGGCGGUCGCAAGAAGAAGAAAAGAAGGCAGGACGAAGAUGCAGAAACCAACUGGGAUGACAUAUAUGAUCCUACAAGGCCGACGAACGUAGAAGAGUAUCUACGCAGCGAUGAGAAGGUUCAAGAAGUUAGAGAUUGGAAGGCCUUGCUCUACAGGCAUCGACGAAAACGCGUUGAAAGCGACCUUUCAGACGAGGAUGAGGGAGAGAACGCUCGACCUAUACCUUCAAGUAAGUUUAAUCACCACCAUCAUUGCGUCCCUUCUGACCUGGCGCCAGAUCAAUUCGCUCCACCUUCAUCUUAUUCCUUUGUGCCUCCACCGCCGCAAUCACCUCCGGCAUCAGCCCCAGCACCUCCGCCAGACGAUGCGACUGGCGAUGAUGCCUUUGCUCGCCGCCAAGCUCUUUCUCGUAACCAGCCAGCUCCACCACCAUCACCACCCCAAACUUCUAACCCAGCAACAAUAUCACGCGCUCCUGUGAGAUAUACUCAAACUCAAGAUGAAAAGAGUACAACAGGAGGUAGUGUGGAAGAUGAUGGGUAUUCUCCACCUCCAGCCCUCGGUGCUGGUUCCACUUCACAACCUGACGACGAUGAUUCCAAUCCUCGGUCUAGCCGUCCAGGACAGUCCGGUUUUGCCCAGCGACUGAUGAGCAAGUACGGAUGGACCAAAGGCAGCGGCCUGGGCGCCGAUGAGUCGGGGAUUAUCAACCCUCUCCACGUACAGGUUGAGAAACGACGGAAGAAAGCCGAUGCCGAUGGCGGAGGUUGGGCUGAACCAGGCAGCAAGGGUAAAAUUAUCGGAGGAAAGCGCAAGAUUGAGAGCACAGGCAGAUUUGGUACUAUGAGUGACGUGAUAGUACUCAAGAACAUGCUAGAGAAUAUGGCCAAUCUGCAGGAAGAGAUCGCAGGAGGUCUAGGACAAGAAAUAGGUGAAGAGUGUGGAGAGAAGUACGGACGCGUAGAGAGAUUAUACAUCGACCAAGAGAGCCGCAAGGUCUUUAUCAAGUUCACAAACCAGGUUUCGGCACUCAGAGCCGUGAACGAAUUAGAUGGUCGUGUCUUUAACGGCAAUACGAUCUUACCGGAGUUUUAUGACACGGAGAAGUUUGAACAAGGGCUAUACAACAGAAGUGAGAGGGUUGAUAUCCCCGUGUUGAUGUGUUGA